CUGUAAGUGAAGGCCAGUUCACACUGUCCCAACAAACUUCAACAUUUCAAACAUUCUAUAGUUAGCUUUAGAACGUUGUUUGGAAACAUAACUGUCAUUAUUACAUGGCUAUCUGGAAUACUUGAUUCUGAUUGGUAAAUCGCUCCAUCUAGCGGUCUGAUUUUCAGCUGAACUGUUUCUAGACACUCCACAAUUCCUUGCUUCUCACAUAAUAACAUAUUUGGUAGGUAACUGUGUAAUUAGCGGGGUAAUGUACAGUCAGCCAGUCUUUAUCAGGUUAACACACUGAUCCAACAAAACUCAAGAACCGCAUUUGUUACUGUUUGUUCGCAUUUGUUGAGGCACUGUGAAUUAGCCUUAAUAAGACCAUGUCCUUACAAACACAUAAAAACACAUUGAUUUUGUUAUGUUUAUGCCUCUUAUCCCCACUGGAACAGUGUUUUCCUCCACUGAAAACCUUUGAAUCUUCAGAAAACACUCUCUAGUACUACUGCCGCCAGGGUCGUUUCUAGGCAUAGGCGAACUAGGCGGUCGCCUAGGGUGCCACCUGCUGGGAGGGCACCAAAGAGGAGGCCUCUGCCAAACUCUUUUCAUGUGAUCGGGUUGGUCUGAACAAGCUGAAGGACUGUGCUGAGUUUGGUACAGUAGAUGUAGCUUGCUUGAAAACUUCUGUAGGAGUUACAUUUAGAAAUAUUGGUUCUGAGUCAGGGAUUUGUAUUUGUGUUUUGAUAGACUCUAUUAGGGUUAGGAAUUUUGAAAAAUGCCUUUACCCAAGUUUGUAGAGUAACAGUAAGUUGGAUUUGAACUAUGCCAAAGACUCUGAUUUGUGUGAAUGUGUUACAUUAGGAUAUAUUUGUGUGUAUGCAUUACUUGGGAAUGUUUAGUGAUGAGUCUAUGUGUCCUGCAAAUAUGAGUGAUGGAAUCCACUGGGAUUUUUCAGGCCUUAAAUCCAUGCUCCACUGCUGUGCUAAUGUGUGGGUGAGUGUAUGUUUUGAUAUGUGGGUGUGUAAGCGUCAGGUGUCAGUGUAGACAGAGCACGGAGUGAUUCCAUCAGACAGAAAUAGCAGCAGAGCUGUAUAAAAGCCUGACACAUGCUCAAGCAGACAGAGGACCAGACAGAACAAGAGACAGAAGAGAGAGACAACUCUUUCCAUUAAUUACACCAGCACAUCGGGGUAAAAAAGGAGAGAGACAAAAGGAACGAAAACUGGAAAACUCCACUGCAGUUUUGAAUGAAAUUUCUCACUGUAAAACAGUUAAGAUAAUAUUGUGAGUAAUUUAACUUUUUGGGCCACCCACGAACAAGCUGAUGAUGCAGGUGUGUACUGUUCUGGAGAAGAAAGGUGGAUGUGUGGUUGGAGCUGAGCUCAGCUGCAGCGUGAAAGAGGAAAAUCCUGCUAAGAGAGAAAGUUACACUGCUGACUGGCACAGCAUUAAUAUGAAGACACAGCCUGAAGAACACCAGUCCAUGCUAAUGUCGGACGACUCUCGUCGAGAGACCCUCUCCCGUUAUUGGCAGGUACGUCCACUCAUUCAGACCUGUCCAUCAGGCGUGCUCAGAGUGGGCAACAUGGAGGCAGGUGUACGAGAACACCAGCUCUUACCCUCCAGGAACACUCUACCAUUGCCUAUUUUCAAGCCUGUUGAACUGGGUGUUCGCUUGGGUCGUGGAGCCCCCCACACCCUGGCAGAUCUGCCUCCCGCCCGAGCACCUGACGGAGCCUGCCCAGACAAGAGACCAGUGGAGCAGAUCACCAAAGACCUGCCUCCUGUCAAACCCAUGCGAAUGGAGUUUGCCAAAGCACCAAGAGCCCUGGGCAGAUCCAUGUCCCAGGAAGCCCAGAGAGGGUAAAGAGAAGGAGGAUGGUCAAAAGGUAGUUUUAUAGAUAAAAAUUAACCAAAGACUGUAUGGACUUAGUUGAAUAAUGAAAGGAACAGUGAAAUGAGACAGAGGGAGUGAGCAUGUAAUAACAGGGCUUAGUGAUAAUAAAAAGUGUUUUUAGUGAAUGAAAUUAUCACGAUGAAAAGGAGGAGGAUGAUCCUAAUAAUGAAGGAUGAUGGUUUUGUCUAGUGAAUUUGAAUUGUUUUUUUUAUUGAGUAUUUUCCAAACACAGCACUUUUUGAGUUGCCAUUAACUGAGUAAUUCUUUUGAGGAGUAAUAUGGUCAGAAUUUCCUGAGCACAGUAUUUGAGCUUGUCAAUGUUUGAAGCCUGCAGUUAAGGUUGGUCAUGCAGUGGUGGCUCAGUGGUUAAGGCUCUGGGUUACCAAUCAGAAGGUCAGGGUUUCAAGCCCCAGUACUGCCAAAAUGCCAUUGUUGGGCCCUUGAGCAAGGCCCUUGACCCUAUCUGCUCCAGGGGUGCUGUAUCAUGGCUGACCCUGCACUCUGACCCCAGCUUAGCUGGGAUAUGUGGAAAAAAAAAAGAAUUUCACUGUAUAUGUAUAGUGUGUGAUAAAUAAAUAUAAUUAUUACAGAAUCUAAUGUUUAGUCAAAGAGAAAAACUUUUAUUUUUGUUAAAGCUCAAUUAUUUAAAACAAAAUAUGAAUUGCACUAUUUAUUAGCAGUUGGCAUUUGCUUUGAUUUAUUGAUUGUUGACAUUUGCUACUAUCAUUUAAAUAAAGUUUGAU